GUUUGCAGAAUUGUCUCGAAAAUAUUUAGAAUUUCUUUGGAACAUUUCUUCGUACAAUGCUUAUAUUUUCACAUAUUUUGGUAUAUUAAAAAAUUUUUGUCUUUCCAGAUGUUUGCACUACUUUAGCUCCAACGUCAAGUUGCAAGCCCACAGCGUGGACUGUCAACAAAUAAAUGACUGCGCGAUCAUAUUACCCAGCGAGGAGGACAAGUGGCUCAAUUUUAACAAUCACAGUAGGAAGGAACGUGUGCCGUCUGUCGUCUACGCCGACUUGGAGUGUAUCCUGAAAAAGAUGGACACGGAUCCGAAGACAUAUCAGCACCAUGAAGUAUUUAGUAUCGCUUAUUACCUGCACUGCUCAUAUGACGACUCGCUAUCAACAUAUCAGUUUCGUCGUGACAAGGAUUGCAUCGCAUGGUUCGCUGACCAACUAGAAGAAUUAGCAUAUCGUGUAAAGAAUAUUCUGUCGAGUAAUGCUCCCAUGCAAACACUUUCGAAAGAACAGUAUGAGAAAUUUAAUAGCACCACGCACUGCCACAUAUGCGAGAAACCGUUCGCGCCAGACGACACUCGGGUGCGCGACCAUUGUCAUCUAACCGGACAAUAUAGAGGCCCCGCACAUUCAAAUUGUAACUUAAAUUACAAAGAUGCGUAUUUCAUUCCAAUCAUUUUUCAUAAUUUAUCCCGCUAUAAUGCACAUUUCAUAAUUAAAGAAAUCGCUACCGCGUUCGAGGGCACAGUUGAUGUAUUACCGAUAACGAAGGAGACAUACAUUUCCUUUACAAAAAAUGUAAAAAGUACCAUAGAAAACUCAAAGCGACAAAAUUGCAUAAAGCUGCGAUUUAUUGACUCAUACAAAUUUUUGAGUACCAGCCUCGAUAGAUUGGCAUCGUUUCUCCAUAGAGACAAAUUAAAAAUUGUACGAUCUGAAUUUUCAACAUUAUCCAGCGACGAUUUCGAUCUAUUGACACGAAAAGGUAUAUUUCCCUAUGAAUAUGUGGAUUGCGUGGACAAGUUGCAGGACCCGUGUCUACCUCCGCCUCCGCGCGAGUCAUUUUUCAGUUCUUUGACCGGAGUCACCGUAUCCGAGAGCGAUUACGUGCGCGCCGAGAAUGUCUGGCAGCGGUUCUCCAUCCAAACCUUAGGCGACUACAGCGAUUUAUAUAUGAAGAUAGAUGUCUUGUUAUUGGCCGACAUUUUUGAAAAUUUACGCGAUAAUAGCAUCAACAGUUAUGGAUUAGAUCCAGCGUAUUAUUAUACUUUGCCUGGUUUCACGUGGGACGCCAUGCUGAAACACACGCCCGUAAAUUUCGAGCUGCUCACAGACAUCGACAUGGUCAUGUUUUUGGAACGCGGUAUACGCGGUGGUUUGAGCCAGUGCUCGAACAGGUACGCUCGAGCCAAUAACAAGUACAUGCAGUCUUACGAUCCAUCGAAACCAUCCUCGUACCUGAUGUACUUUGAUGUUAAUAAUUUGUAUGGUUGGGCGAUGUGUCAACCACUACCAUAUGCAAAUUUUCGAUGGAUCGAAGAUAUUACGAAUUUCGACGCGAGCGCAAUCGCUGCGGACUCAUCGACAGGUUACAUUCUCGAGGUCGAUCUCGAAUAUCCGCAGCAUCUUCACGACGCGCACAUUGACCUACCGUUCUGUCCAACGCGCGAUAAACCACCCGGCAAGCGGCAGGAUAAACUUCUCGCGACAGUGUAUGAUAAGAAGCGUUACGUCAUACACUAUCGCAACCUGCAACAGAGCACGCGUCAUGGGCUUCGCGUGACAAAGAUACACCGUGUAUUGGAGUUUUCGCAAUCUCCAUGGCUCCGCGAUUACAUCGAGCUUAAUACUCAGUUUAGAACACGUGCGACAAACGAUUUCGAAAAAAAAUUUAUACAAAUUAAUGAACAACGCGGUAUUUGGCAAAACAAUGGAAAAUGUACGGAAUCAUGUCGACGUUAAACUUCUAACAAAGUGGGAUGGUCGUUACGGUGCGGAGGCGAUGAUUUCGAAACCAAAUUUUCAUAGUCGCAGCAUUUUUU